AUGGCCGACCUUCCUGUCAAGCCUAAUGCAACGAGAUCGCUGCGACUGUCCCAGCUUCUGACUGGUCUCGUGGUGCUUCUGCUAUGUCUCGCCCUGCUUCCUGGCGUCCACGCAGAAGCUCGCCGUCCGACCAGUCUGUCAGGUUUGGUGCAGCACCGACGCAGCCAAGCGCCUCUUCAGGAAUCUAUCUUGUACACGCGCACUGCCUCGAGCGAGCCGCAAGAGUAUUCAUCGGGCGUCAGUCUGUCCUUGACCAUUCAGUCUGAGAAGGAUCCCUUGCAAGGCAAUUCCAAGACGGCGCACUCCAAUUCGCGCUUCCGAUCGCAAAGUGAGAUCAUGGAGGUUGGCGGUGAGACCAAUGACGGCAAAGGCACGGACGCAGAUACUGGUAGCGGGGCGAGCACGGUUCAGAGCGCAACACCGCAAGCUGAGCCAUCGUCCACAGCCACACCUGCACCAUCGCCGCAGAAGCCGCAACCUCUACUCAACUUUGAGCCAGCGCCUCCCAGCAGGCUUUAUGGAGAAUCGCAUGGACUCAAAAAUCACACCAUCGUCCUCAUCAGGCGUGUCUUCGGUAACAGGUGAGCAUGUGUAGCAUCACCUGCGCACACCCAUCGAGUGAAGCUGAGGUUGCCGCUCUCAAUGCAGCUAUGGCAAACCAUCCGUCCUCAAGUAUUCGCCCAAAUUGUUGCCCGCAGAGUUCUCUGAUCCAUUGCAGUGGCGCGGAUUACUCCUGCGACAGGAUGGCGUCUCGAUUGGCAGGCAAUUCGACAGACUCGGAAGCGUUCAGAUUGGCGGCACGGAGAUCUGGCGAACGGACAAUGCAGAACCACGAAAUGUCAGCGAUACCACCUGGUCCACUGAGAAGCAGGUCGAUCAGUACUUUGACUUGUUCAAACAGGAUCGCAAUCUCGUGUUCGACUACCCCAACAUUGUCGAUGCUACCUACACCGGCUACUUGAAUAGUGAGCUUACCGGGGCGCUGCCUGGGCAGCACGAAUGGCACUCACAGCUGCUCUUGAUCCUCUUCAGUAACGCUGUCCCUGACAGUCUCCAUCGCGGAUCCUCAAGCGCCUCGCUCAGAAGAAAAGGCGAACGCCAUCAGGGCACCCUUGGUAGAUGCGUCGCCCAUGAUCUUGCCCCUUGCCAAAGGCUUCGACGAUGACAACGCUUUCUUCGAGCUUGGUGGGCCCAACCAGUCUGACACUGAUGGAUCAACCAAAGUCAGGUUCCCUUCGAACGCCGCGACUGCCAUUGUGGAAAUUUUUGCUUCAGGCACAGCACAAGAAGAGUUCUGGUACACGAAUCUGCCGGAUGCGGUCUACAAUAGCUCUACCUCUGAUCUCAGCAGCGUGGGCAUGUUUAGGCACGGUCCUUAUAGGGAGCUUCAGUUGUCGAUCGAUGGCAAAAUUGCCGGCAUCAUCUUGCCGUACCCAGUCAUCUUCACCGGCGGAAUCCAAAACCUCAUAUGGCGACCUCAAGCUGCUUAUGGGGCCUACAAUCAACCGACAUACCACAUCGACAUCACUCCCUUCCUCGGUUCUCUGACCGAUGGGCAGGAACAUGACAUUAAGCUUGGCGUAGUCAGCGGCGAAGAGGACCGUCUUUUGGGCACAUACUGGUUCGUCACGGGCAACAUACAGGUGGUCUUGGAUACGGUGCCUGGCCGCACCACCGGCGCUCUGCACAAGUAUGUGAUCGAAGGUGGCGAUUUGAUCAAUACUGGCUCUGUCGAAGGUAAUCUCAGCACCAAUGGCUCAUUCACGAGCUUCACCCGCUCAAGGACACCUCGCACGGUCCUGAUCGAGGCGCGCAUUCGAAGACCGAGCCGCAGAAACCCUUCCAGCGUCAUUUGGUCGCAGACGCUCAGCUUUGAAAACUCGCAGAAGUACGCGAGCACCUCCGCGGCCAACACAAUCAACCAAAAGGCCCAUGGAUCAUCAAAUUCGAUGCACGCCGGUGCCACUUUUUUGGCCUCGACCUUUUCGUACCCGCUAGAUGUGACGUACAAUCCAGACUACACCAAGACAAGUGUAAGUACAAUCGUGCUCGGAACGGAGCUAGCGACGCUCUGGAUGCUGAACGCCAAUCUGCCUUCGUUGCCGUGUCAGAUAAACCACACUUACUUCAAUUCGCUCCAGCUUGAAGACCCGAAGUACGCACAGCCACAGUGGCAAACGACGAGUGUCAUGCAAACCGGAUCCGUGGACAUGGGACCCGACAAAAACACAGGAGGUCUGUCUGUCAAGGUAAAUGCCAGGGCCGAGACCAAUUACGAGGUGCGUUCCUGUCUCUUGCAAAGUGAUGUAGAGGACCAAGGACGAAGUUUGACGUGUGAUCUGUUUACCCUCGAUGAUCAGGAUGCCAACAAAAAUAGUUUUAAGCGCAUCACUGUAAACAAGUGGACGUCGGACGGCAAAGUGGCAAGGUUUGACAUUGUCUCGGACGAAAUCUACGGAACGCUCAAGCCGUACGCACAGCCCGUCCAGACGUCUCCGGAGACGGAAGCCUAUCGUCAGCGAUUGGCAACGCAGCCGGCAGCUUUGGAACAACUCACGGAUCCGCAAUAG